CUCAAGAGCUUGCACUCACUGGGGAUUUGCACUGACUGAUUCCUGUGUUGUUUCCAGGCCUCUGAGUGAAUCCUCUCCUGCUGUAUGAAGGAUAGAGAGAUGGAGGCUGAGAAGGAAAAUUGUGUGUUCCCUCCGAGUAAACAGAGAUCUUCAUCCCCGGCCCAGCGCACGUCUCCCUCUCGCCCGGUACUAGGAGAGAUCCAGCGUCCGUCAUCCAAUUUACAAACACCGACAAAGUCCCGCGAUGCGGCCGUUACUGCGGACCCCUGGACCCCAACAGCCAACCUUAAAAUGCUGAUCAGCGCGGCCAGCCCAGAUAUCCGGAACAGGGAGCGCGAAAUGCAGGAGGAGCAGCUUUCUGGUGAUGAGCUGGAGAAAUCGCAGCCGAGCCGUAAGGAGAAGAGUCUGGGUCUGCUUUGCCAUAAAUUCCUGGCGCGGUAUCCGGACUACCCCAACCCGGCCGUCAACAACUGCAUUUGUUUGGACGAAGUAGCAGGAGAAUUACAUGUUGAGCGGAGGCGUAUAUAUGACAUCGUGAAUGUUCUGGAGAGUCUCCACAUGGUCAGCCGUCUGGCCAAAAAUAAAUACCUCUGGCACGGCCGAAUGAACCUCCAAAAAACCUUUGAAACAUUGAAAAACGUUGCAGAGGAAAAUCAGUAUGCGGCACAGAUUCUGCUCCUUAGGAGGGGAGAGCAGGGGGAGUUUGAGGAGCGAGACGGCAUUAAAUCGGACGCGGUGAGGCCACUCGCCAAGCAGGCCGACGUUAGCUUUGUGGAGCUUCCCGGGAUGGAGUUUAGAGCCGCGUCGGUGAACAGCCGGAAGGAGAAGUCUUUGAGGGUGAUGAGCCAGCGGUUUGUAAUGCUCUUUCUGGUGUCAACGCCUCAAGUCGUCAGCUUAGAAAUAGCUGCAAAAAUUUUAAUUGGAGAAGAUCAGCUCGAGGAUUUGGAUAAAAGCAAAUUUAAAACAAAAAUUAGGCGUUUGUAUGAUAUCGCGAACGUGCUGAGCAGUCUGCAUUUGAUAAAGAAGGUCCACGUGACAGAAGAGCGAGGCCGGAAACCAGCGUUCCAGUGGAUUGGGCCCGGCGCCUCUGCUGACGGCCAAGACGUUGAAAACAUAUUUUCCCCGUCUUCACCUGCAUCUCCGGCCAUAAACCUGAGAUCUCCAAAGGAGAAUUGCGCCAAAAAUCUUUUUGCUUCUCGUGGCAAGCAGAACUUUACACGCCAUCCGUCGCUGAUAAAACUGGCGAAAAGCAUCGAGAAUGACCGGAGAAAGAUCAACUCCGCUCCCUCCAGUCCGGUGAAGACGAGCCGGCAAGAGACUGGAUCCUCUGAAAUCGAUACUGAGUAUCUGACUGAGGCUCCCUUUUCUGUGUGUUUUGUGAAAGGAGUUGUAGAUGCGAGUUCUGCAUCCAGCAUCAGCAAGAUGGCGCAGCUCGCGGCGAUCUGCAAGCGGCAGUUGGAUAAGUCGAGUGAGGAUAGGAUGAUGUCCGGGUUAAACAACAAUGUGAAAGUCUUAGUGAAUCCAGCAGGGAGCUCCAAACCAGAGCAGUCCCCUUCCUGGCGUCCAACCUUCUGCCAGGCUCUGCCUUUAAUCCAUCCGAAUGCCAAGGGCUCGUACGCAGUGUAUUUAAAUCCAACACAAGCAGGAACACGGAGCCCAAGUGCUGAAGGACAUCGUGUUCUCUGCGCUCAUAAAACGUUUUUGGAAGAUGAGGGUAACUUGUCACCAAGGAUUGUGACUAAAACGUUAAGCAUGUCGCCAGCUGACCACCGACCUGCCCGCAACGAGUCUUCACAGGACAAAUUCUCCAAGAGACCCCUGGAUCUGGACUCUGGUUGCACCUCCAAGAAACUAAAGGGGUCUCCUGUUCAGGGGGAUUCUCCAGAGAGAUUGUAUCCCUCCGGUUACCUGAUUCCGGUGCAGCUGGCGAGCCUCGGCACAGAGGCUGGAAAAGAGAGUGCAUCAUCCUCCGAACAAUCAGUAUUUAGCUCUCCGUUAGCAGGAGUCAUACCGCUGAAGAUCAUGUUUUCUCCGGGUUCCGUAGCGGCCCUUCCUGUUUUAAGUCCGGCCCGCCAGUCUCCGGCUGCUGGUCCAAAUACAUCGACCCAAAGUGUUAGUCCGGCAACCUUCAACUUCACCCUCCAGAACCAAGAUGUGAUCUCCACGCUCAGCCCCCAGUCUCACGCCGCGUCACCGAGAUGCCGGAAGGGCACAGAAGAGCUGUCUGCUGCGCAAAUCCUGCAGUUUAAACAUCUCUCGCCGGUUCCGUACCGCGGGCAGCCGCUCACGCUAGUAACUUUGCAGCAGCCUGGCGUUCCUGUGACACCCAAAAGCGCUCAGACACUACGAGACAGCUUCUUUCAGACCCCGGGCGGCGUGACCUCCUCCCCAAUCAAUCCGCCGUCCGUAGACGGUGCUCCGGCGGGGACAAUCCUCAACUCGCAGAGGAAACUGGACGUGGGGGCCGAGGAUUAACUGCUGGAACGGGGACAAAACGUUGUUGUGUGAUAGUGCCAGGGGAGACCGGAAGUGAAGUGUUAAAUCGCAAUAAGCCUGCCUUGUUACUAUGUGUCGGUAUAUGUGGCCGACACUGUGGGAGAAGAGAAGGUUAGCGCGUUCCUGCGAUAUCUUUUCUGUAAAUAAGGUGAAAUUGUUCGCUUUACGCUCGUCAGGUGGGGGAGGAGGGAUGUUUUCUUUAAGGUUCUCUAACAUUUCUAAGGACUUCUUUUCAAUAAAACAUCCCUUGAAAAGUU